CCCGAACUGGUCGUGUCGACAAGCGAAAUCGCCAUCGACUACCAAGCAGGAUGAUGGCGACGUGCGCCGACCCGAUGGCCUGCUGCGACCUCGACAAGGAUGGCCUCACGGGCCUUGGCUGCGGUGUCAAGACCACCUUUGUCGCAGCGGCGCAGCUCCCGACGUCGAGUAGCGACUGGCACAUGCACGCGUUCCGCUCGACGGGCUGCCGCCGCAUGUACGAGCCGAUCGCGCUCGUGUACGGCCCGAUCACGGACAACAUGCACAUUCGCGUCCACGAUCAGUGCAUGACGUCUGAAGUCUUUGGCAGCCUCCGUUGCGACUGCAAGGAACAGCUCGAGACGGCCAAGGCUUUCAUGGUCAGCGAAGGCAGCGGCAUGGUCAUCUACAUGCCCCAGGAAGGCCGCGGCAUUGGCCUCGCCAACAAGGUGCACGCGUACAACCUCCAGGACCAAGGCGCGGACACGGUCGACGCCAACCGCGUCCUUGGGUUCGAAGACGACUACCGCAGCUACGAAUCCGUCCAGCACAUUCUGAACCACUUCCACCUCUCGUCCGUGCGACUUUUGACCAACAACCCGCGCAAGAUCGAUCUCCUCACCAAGCUUGGCAUCACGGUCUCGGAGCGGGUUCCGAUCGUCAUUCCCGGUCAGAAGCACAACCAGGCAUACCUCGAUGCCAAGGCGCAGCGCAUGGACCAUCUCAUUCCACAAGACACGUCUUCGUCGGCCCCGACGCCGUCCUCUGUCCCGCUGCCCAUGAUCGCAGUGGUAGCAGGGCUCGUCAGCGUCGGCGUUGCGGCCUGGGCUGCCCGCAGUAGUAUUUAAUCCCAUCAUAGAGUCUGUUUGCUCCAUGUCA